GGAACUGGAAGUGAACAAGCUGGUGCGCGCGCUUUGAGAGAAAUCUGAAUUGAGUAGAUAUGGUGAGAAAAAAUGGAUGGCAAUUACCUGCUCACACUUUUCAGGUUGUUGCAAUAACUGUAUUCUGCUUAUUGGUGAUUGCUUUCUAUGCUUUCCUUGCUCCCUUCAUUGGAGGCCAUAUAUUGGAAUACACCUUUAUUGCUGUUUACUCUCCUCUGGCGCUCAUUGUCUUCAUACUUUACAUCAGAUGUACUGCAAUUAACCCUGCGGAUCCAGGAAUUAUGUCUAAAUUUGACCCUAGAGUUGGAAAUAAGUUCACUUCUGCCCAUGGUUUAUUGGGGAAGCAUCAAGCUUCUGAACAUGAUGACAUUGCAGCAGGAGAACAUUCUUCCCCUUCAUCUGCUGUUUCCAAAAGCUCUAUGGCAAAUGUGAGCAAGAAAAGCUCUGUGGAAGAUCUUGACAGAGUAGAUAGUUCAAGGAAACAGAAUAACCGAAACUCAUGUGAUGUAAUUGGAGGAAUUUUCUGCAUAUUAUUUUCACAUGAAGAUUGUCGGAAACGGGAAGCAACAGCUGAUGAGCAGGGUGGUGGUGAAGAUGCUCUGUUCUGCACUUUGUGCAAUGCUGAGGUGCGCAAGUUCAGUAAACAUUGUAGAAGUUGUGAUAAAUGUGUUGAUGGCUUUGAUCACCAUUGUCGGUGGCUUAACAACUGUGUGGGUCACAAAAAUUACCAUUCUUUUAUUGCUCUCAUGGCCUUUAGUCUUACGUGGCUUGUUAUUGAAGCUGGAGUUGGUGUUGCUGUUUUAGUCCGUUUCUUUGUUAAGAAGAGAGGAAUGGAAUCUGAAAUCAUUGAUAGACUUGGAAAUGGAUUCUCUCGUCCCCCAUUUGCAGCAGUUGUGGUCGUAUGUACUGCAGUUUCUGUCUUGGCUUGUGUGCCUUUGGGUGAACUUUUCUUUUUCCACAUGAUACUAAUCAGGAAGGGCAUCACAACCUAUGAAUAUGUUGUAGCAAUGAGAGCCAUGAGUGAAGCACCUGCAGGGGCAUCUGUGGAUGAGGAUUUACCAAAUGUACUUUACUCUCCAUCAGGCUCUAACACAACUGGAUUGAGUGGAGGAAGUUCUUUGGGUUUGCAGUAUAAAGGGGCAUGGUGUACCCCUCCUAGGGUAUUCGUGGAUUAUCAGGAUGAAGUUGUGCCUCACUUGGAGCCUGGAAUGCUACCGUCAACUGUUGAUCCAGAUGCAGCUGGGAUUGCAGAAAGAGGACAAAAGAUGCCAAAAAGGCCUGUUCGUAUUAGUGCUUGGAAGCUUGCUAAGUUGGAUUCACAAGAGGCAAUGAAAGCAGCUGCAAAAGCCAGGGCAUCUUCUUCAGUUUUGCGACCUGUAGAUAAUCCCCGUCUACCAGAUCAAGAAUUAAGCUCUAGUGGCAACAUGAGCAUCAGAAGUAGUUUGAGCACGGAGACUGGAACUAAUAAAGAGAUAAAAUAUGAGUUGAGAUUGUCUCCAGUGAGAAAUUCUAUGGCUCCUAGUCAAGGAAGUCGUGAUGAGUAUGAAACUGGAACUCAUAGUAUGAGUAGUUUCAGUAGUCCAAGCCAUGUUCAAGAGGCAGUGUCUCUAAGCCCUCUUCCACAGGGCCACAGUUUGGGUGGCUUUAGGGCAGGUGCCUCAAUUCCUAGUCUGGUGCCUGAGCGUCCUUUACCUUCUAAUGCAACUUUGUCAAACUUGAGGAACCCAAUAUCUAACCCUUCUCUUGGAUUUGAUGGAAGAAUGGUGCCAAAGGGAGUCGGUAAUGAUCCGUUAUUGCUUUCAGCUUCUAGCACUUCUAUUCUAAGAGAGGUGAAACGGACAUCUGUUGUUUGGGAUCAAGAAGCUGGCAGAUAUGUGUCGGUCCCUUUAUUGCCCUCGGAAGCUCGAAAUAGGUCAUCCAUGCGAAUAGAAUUGCCAAAUUUAAAUGCUGAAACAAGCAGUAUUGGGAGAAAACCAAUGAUUCCUCCGCAGGAGUUAUCAUCAUCUGCACCCAAAUCUCCAGGGCAGCAUUCUCAGAAUCUGAUGUAUACAGGAGAUUCUAUCUUUUUUGGUGGUCCAUUUUUUAGUGUCCCUGUUAAGGAUGGUUUAAAAAAUGAAAGACAUUUGGGAUCAGCAGAGACCCAAGAUAGCACAGCAAUAAACUUACCCCAAGAGCCAAGAUAUAAAAGGGAUUCAUUAUCAAACCAGCUUCCCGUAUUUGUCCCCGGUGGUUUUGACAAUUCUCUUCAACCUCGGUCUAGCAUAAAUUAGCUGAAGAUGUUCCAAUGAGUCGGACAAAGUUUUUGUUGGAAUCAUAUGAACAGUGAAGGGGAAGGUUUUGAAAUUAAAAGGAUCUGGUAGACAUGAUGCUAGCCUUUCUGACCAUGCAAUUUCAAACUAUGGCGUACAACAUUUGGCUCCAAUAGCUGUGUAUGUUUGGGAUUUAUCUCAAUGCCACUGGACGUCUGAGAGAAUGAACAUCAUUGUUCCUUUUGCUUCACAUGCCUUGAGAAAUGUGAAUCUUCCGUUUUGCGGUAGAUGAAAUCUCAAAGCAGGUAGCACGUCAUUAAAGACGAGCCUCCUAAAUGGAUUUUAAUUUAUUACUGUACCUUUUGUUCCAUUAGAUACUAUCAUACUAAAAUUGUUCUUACCAUGCCAACAAAACAUUGUUUUGGUUCGUAGAUUGCUCUGUUCUCUCUUCUCUUCUAGUGUUUUAGAUCCUUUGCUAGAUUUUCUGCCACAUGCCACUUGCUUUAGGGUAUACAAGGCUCUUA